AUAUUUGGCCUGACAGGCAACAUGCUUGUUGUCCUUAUCCUGGUAAAAUACAAGAGGCUGAAGAGUAUGACUGACAUCUACCUGCUCAACUUGGCGAUUUCUGAUCUGCUCUUUGUAUUUUCCCUCCCUUUUUGGGCUUAUUAUGCAGUUCACGACUGGAUUUUUGGGGAGGCGCUGUGUCGAAUUCUAUCAGGUGUCUACCUCCUUGGCUUCUACAGUGGCAUCUUCUUCAUAAUCCUGCUGACCCUGGACAGGUACCUGGCCAUAGUGCACGCGGUGUUUGCUUUGAAAGCCAGGACAGUUACCUACGGUGUCCUCGCCAGUGUUGUCACUUGGGCUGUUGCUGUUCUUAUUUCCCUCCCUGGGGUAGUAUUUCACAAAACUCAGAAGGAAAGUUCAGGCUAUACUUGCAAUGCUCAUUAUCCAUCUGAGCAGAGAAAUGCAUGGAAGAAAUUCCUCACCCUAAAAAUGAACAUCCUGGGACUUCUUAUUCCAAUGUUAAUCAUGAUCUGCAGCUACACACGCAUUAUAAAGACAUUACUGCAGUGUAGGAACGAGAAGAAACAUAAAGCAGUCAGGCUUAUUUUCAUUAUCAUGAUUACCUACUUUUUUUUCUGGGCACCAUACAACAUUUGCAUUCUCUUGCGUGAUUUUCAAGGUGCAUUUUCCAUCUCUACUUGUGAAGGAAAUGGUCAACUGCACAAAGCAAUCCAAGUGACGGAAACAAUCUCAAUGAUCCAUUGU